AAGAUCGUGAGUGGUUGUUCGGCCGGCGGGAAAAUUAGCGGGAAAGUGUGUGCUGAUAAGCAUUUACUGCAACACCUAUAGCUUAGAGCUCCGAAGUCUAGCUCCGAGUAAAACAUUCGCUCAUUAGUAAAACAAACAGGCCAAGUCAAACAAGUUCUGAGCAGAAUACGUAGACAAACACGGCGUAUACUUAACGCGUUGCCCAACAGGCUGUCUAACGGGUUGCGCAUACGUCCCCUUCGACUCCAAUACCGUUACCAGCAGCGGCGUGCGAGCAAUGAACCACGCAGGGCCAACAGCAACAGAGACAACAAGAACAACAAACAUUUGGUCGAAUCAUACGACUGCGAAACGCACAACGGCAGCUGUUGAAGAGCGCUCAUAAACGCGUCACAAAAAAGCAAAAAAAAAAAAACAAACCGAAAAAUAGAUAAAUUAACGAAGACUAGCGACCGAGCAAUCGCAAAUUGGCACGUUUCUGUAGCGCUAUACGGUGAGAUUGGCGUGGCUAAGACGUAUCGCUGCAACUAAUCGCUAUGGGAUACGACGACGUCAUCAAACACCUGGGCGAAUUUGGAAGGUAUCAGAGACGCAUUUACUUGCUGCUGUGCCUGCCCGCAAUUAUCUGUGCCUUCCAUAAGCUGGCCGGCGUCUUUCUACUGGCCCGUCCAGAGUUUCGCUGCUUGUUGCCGUUCGAGGAUGCCUCGACGGCCAGCUACGAUUCACUACCGCUCACGCAGUGGCCUCUCCAUUAUCCACUGAACAAUGAGACCGGGAAAUGGGAGAGUUGUGAGUACUACGACCGUGACUACAACAAUUCAACCGAUUCAGAUUCAGAUACCGCUGUGAAUGACAGGCUGCACUGCAGCCGCUAUGUCUAUGACAAGAGGAAGUUUGCAAACAGCGCUGUCACCGAAUGGAACAUGGUUUGUGGCCGCAGCGCGCUCUCGGCCACCAGCGAUUCUCUGUUUAUGGUGGGCGUGCUCCUAGGCAGCUUCAUAUUCGGCCAAAUGUCCGACAAACUGGGUCGCAAGCCAACCUUCUUUGCCUCGCUUGUUAUCCAGUUGGUGUUCGGCGUAAUUGUGGCUGUCGCACCUGAAUAUUUCACCUACACGAUAUCUCGCAUGAUUGUCGGCGCUACCACCUCGGGCGUGUUUCUGGUAGCCUAUGUGAUAGCGAUGGAAAUGGUGGGCGCCUCGUAUCGUCUGUUUGCGGGCGUGGCUAUGCAAAUGUUCUUCUCAGUAGGGUUUAUGCUGCUCGCUGGCUUUGCCUAUUUCAUACACGACUGGCGUUGGUUACAGAUCGCUCUGACACUGCCGGGACUGCUCUUUAUGUGUUACUAUUGGAUUGUACCCGAAUCGACGCGCUGGCUGCUCUUGAAGGGGCGCAAGGAGGAGGCCUUUGUCAUUAUUGAAAAGGCGGCGCGUAUCAAUGGGGCUACGAUACCGACUCAUAUUUACGACGAACUGGUUGAGGAAGUAGCCGAGCAAAAGAAACAGGAUGCUCUCGCCGUCAAGGAACCCAAGCCCUCGGUACUAGACCUCCUACGCUAUCCAAAUUUGCGUCGUAAGACGCUUCUCAUUUUCUUCGACUGGUUUGUCAAUAGCGGUGUAUAUUAUGCACUGUCCUGGAAUACAAAUAAUCUGGGCGGCAACGCUCUGCUUAACUUCAUGAUCUCUGGCGCUGUGGAGAUACCCGCGUACAUUUUCCUGCUGCUCACUCUCAACAGGUGGGGACGCCGCUCUAUUCUGUGUGGGACCAUGCUGCUAGCCGGCUCCAGUUUGCUGUUGGGUGUCUUGGUUCCCAGCACUAUGAACUGGCUGAUCAUCACGUGUGCGAUGGCGGGAAAACUGGCCAUCACUGCUUCCUAUGGAACGGUGUACAUCUUCACCGCUGAGCAGUUUCCCACGGUGGUGCGCAAUGUGGGAUUAGGCGCCUCCUCUAUGGUAGCGCGUGUGGGCGGCAUACUGGCACCCUAUGUGAAUAUAUUAGGCGAGAUCUGGCAGCCACUGCCGUUUCUCAUGUGUGGAGCACUCUCAUUCACCGCCGGUCUGCUGUCGUUACUGCUUCCAGAGACGCACAAUAAACCGAUGCUGGAGACCAUUGCAGAUGGUGAGAACUUUGGCAAAAGUGGGGAGCCGAGCGGAGAGGCCGGCGAGGAACUGAACACCAUGCUAAACGGGCAACACAACGGCAAGGCGAGCUAAUUAGAGGUGACCGGGCUGCGGGAAGACCAUCUUGUUAAAUUCAUGUUAUUAUCUAGACAUAGAGCACUUUGUUGAUACAUCUUUACAGGACGUUGUUCUAUCAUUCAUCUGUGUACCUAAUAAAUAAUAAAAUUUGUAAGCAAUGCAGCCAUA